AUUGAGAAGAAUCUGAAGCUGAACGAGACGAAACCUUUUUGAGAGCGAGCGAGCGAGAGAGAGAGGGUGGUCUCCGUCGUCUUCUUCUUCCCCGUCUCUCCGGCGGCGAAAAAAACUCAAAUCUCAAUCGGAGAAGAUAAGAAUAACACGCGAUACAUAAAACGAGAGAUUGAUUAAAAAAAAAAAAGAUGUCGAAGAAGAAAGCUGCUGGUAGCACCAUGACGCUCAAGGACUUCCACGGCGGCUCGAUUCCAUCUGAUCUCGCUCUCCCUUCCGCUCCUGGAGUGGUUCCGAAGGUUACAACGGAUCGAGCUUUUGUUGAUAGAGCGCCUUGGGGAGGUAGGCCGGAUCAGAGGACAAGGCCGAGCUCGUCUCAUACUUUGAGAAACUUUGAUGAUAAAUCACUUUUUCUUCCUCACACUGCCAAUAUUGGACGUAAUUUCAGCGAGGAUGAACGGAGGCCUCUUGAUGGUCACUCUGCUCCUCGUAGGAUGGUUAGUGAUGAUGUUUUUAGAGUUGCUAACAGCCGCUUGGAGGUGAAAGCUGACUCGGGUUUAACUGGGAGGCACGGUGGUUGGUCAGCUGCGGCUGGAACUGUUGACGGUGGGAGCUCAGUUUCAGGAACUAAUCCUAAUGUUUGGGCUGCGAGGAAGGAGGUCCCUGUGGUGGUGGCUAAUGAUGAGGUGGGGCGGUCUUCUUGGAACACGCAGCCACCUGUUUCUAAUUUGGUUCAUUCGAGUGCGAUUGAGCAAGUGUCUUCAGGGAGGUGGCAGACUAAGCUUUUGGUUCCUUCUCAGAUGGGUUUUGAUGUUGUUAAGCAUUCGGAGAUGGAGAGCAGAGGUUACAAGGGUAAUAGCCAUGUGGUUAAUCAAGGGGAUGGGACGCAUGGAACAUAUGUAGAACGUGGCUUGGUCGCUGAAGAUGGGAUUCAGGGUGGGAGGAAGUUUGCUCGUGAGUAUGAGAAGCUCCCUGGGCCAACUUAUUUGGACGCAAAGGAAGUGAAAGCUGUACCUCAUCCAAAUUAUUCUGACGUUAGGCCUGCUGGGCAUUUUGUGCAACCAACUGCACCUUCUGAAGCUGUGGAACGACCUAAGCUGAACCUGCUACCUCGGACAAAACCUAUUGAAAGCGUUGAGAAGCCUGUGAUUGAUGGAAAACUGGAAAAUGGUGUUUCAAAUCUUAUUCAACGUGAAAUUGGUUAUGUGGCACAGAAAAAUAUGAACGUUUCAAAACCUGGGUUGUCUGCAGAUGAGAUUCCUAACAAGCCGGUCGAGCGCCCCAAGUUGAAUCUGAAGCCUGUGGCACAGUUGCUUGAGAAACCAGAAGUUAAGACUGAAAAGGAGAGAAACGCAGUUUUUGGCGGUGCCAGACCACGAGAGCUGGUGUUGAAGGAGCGAGGCAUUGAUGAGACCGAGCAUCACAAAUUGGAGCAACAGUUAGAAAGGACGGUCCUCAAUCCCAUCGAAAGAGUUCCAGUUCCAGAGCACGCAGUCCAAAGACCAGUGAGUUCUCCUCGUGAGCUGAGAACGAGGAAAUUCGACCAAAAGGACGUGAGAAAUGUAAGCGAAGUAGCCAGAUCCGAAACCCAGAGGCGAAACUGGCGUGAUAAUGAUGUCAAGAACCCAAGACAGCAACCGCAGGCUCAGGAGAAGACGAGGCAUCCAUCACCAGAGACAUGGCGAAAACCCGUUCCCCAGAAACCGGAGUCACCAGACGGAACAGGACACCGUCCCGGGAAAGCAGCCUCUCCUCUUGAGCUAGCUCAAGCCUACUCUGACACUAAAUCCGGAACAGGAAGCAGCAGUUUUAACAUGAGCCGCAACAACCAAACGCAGCAACCGUUCUCACGGUUGGUAGGAUCGACAACAACGAAACCAAAGCAUAUUAAUGGCUACUGAGACAUUGUUCGUUUGUUCUUUAUUCGGAGUGGUUUUUAGUUCCGACUAAUUGGGUCUUUAAGUUCUCGAACACAUCUCAUGAGGGUUUUGUGGGAAUGUUAUGGGAGAUUUGAAUGUGAUAUGGUUUCCCUUAUGAAUGGGGUCGGAUUACAUAAGCCUACGUUUUUGUUCUUUCUUCUUUGGUUAUACAUUUUUUCUAACCACUAGUAAAAAUAUUUGAAAUCUUUUUACAUGAA